CUAAAAAUAAAUGGAUAGUUUUUAGUUUGCCUGAUGAAAUCAUUUUUAUAUAAGUGACAAAGUGACUUUGAUUGCCCUAUUAUAUCUCCUUUUUUUGGUGGUCUGAAGUUGGUCAGGCUUUCCAUAUGAAACCCCAAUUUUCAGAAGUCUAUGAGCAGACAGUUAAAAAAAUUACAACUAGUCGAAAACUUGGCACUCGUGAUUUUCGUUCAAUAUAAGCUACUUGCUUUAACAAAGUUUUAAGUAGUCAGCUCUUUUUUAGAAAUUGUAAGGAGUUUCUUUGGUUAAACAGAUAGGAUUAUUUUUCCAGCCACUUAUUCCAAUUAGAUUUGCAUAGUAGACUUUCCCCUUCUAGAAAUUAUUUAAGUAGCUUCUUCCUGUGUUCCCACUGCCACAAGAGCUUGCCACAGGAUUUUCCUUUUUAAGGAGCUUGUAGUAUAAGCGCAGCAAUAAGACAUUGCCUAGCAUACAGGAGUCCUCAGGUUUGAUUUUUUGUUUGCUUCACUGUAGUUCAUAGACAAUAUCCUGUCUUUACUUUUUUCUGUGAUUUAUUCUUUAAAAAUUCUCUUUUGUAUGUUUACAUUAAAAUGGCUUUAGAUUUUGGCUUUCUUCUCUCCUUUUGGAAUGCCAGAUUGAAUAAAACGGUGUGUGGCUUUACCAUUACUUAAAAAACCAGUAUUCAAAAGUAGUUGUCGUGUAAAUAGCAUUGAUUUGCUUGAAAUUAAGCUUCUGAACUGAAGAUUUUUUUUUUUUUUUUUUUUUUUUUUUGUACUCAGAAUCAAACUCACGACCUCACGCUUGCCCACCAAGCACUGUUAAGCUGCUAACCUAUAUCCCCAGCCUAAAAUACAGACUUUUGAAACUUCUUCUGAGGACCUGUCACUCAGAGUAGGCUUUUAGGCAAGUUUUCUUCUUCUGGAAAGUGUAGAUGUUAGCUUGAGUACUUUUACUUUCACAAUCUGUUUUUAACCCACUAUCAUUUGCAUGGUGAACGUCUAGUUACUGUUGAUUCAUAAAGGUAUUUGUGGGUAUUUUUGAAACUUAUAUUUCACUUCUUAUUUUUAAAAAAUUAUUUCCUGAAAACCUACUAUAGAAAUGCUAACUUCUACAUAAAAUGAGAUGAUCUUUUGGAAUACUUUCUUUCUACUCCAAAGAUAAUUUGCUUCAGGCAAGAGGUUUUAGGUGCUGUUGAAAUUUUGAAGGUCUGGGAAAGUGGGGUAAUAACGUGACACCAGCUCUUAAGCAGCAACAUCUGCUGUGGUUCAAAGCCACACAAAGAAAGCUGCUUAAGCAGUUGAAUGUUUUGGACUACCCGGACAAGUGUGGUUCGACUGCAAAGACUGCAGAGGAGAGGAAACUUAAAUUUAGAGAAGUUACUUAAAAAUGGAGUCAUGGAAGAUGAACAUCUUUAAAAAACAAACAUCUACUUGUUCUCCAGCCUAUCGAAGAUCUUUUUCAGAGCCUACUUAUGCAAAUACAGAGAUAGGAACACCUUUAAAGAUUUAUCAAUGGUGUGGGCCAGUGAAAAGCAAGAGGAAGAAAAAUGAAUAUGCUCUUUCUAAUCCAGGAAAGUCACUGAGUGCUUAUCGAUGGCAAAAACAUCCUGGCUUUAGGUGGAAAGGGGUCAAAGAGGAGAGGUUGCAAAAUAAUAAAGGAGACCUGGGUGAACUACAACAAAAAAUGCUGCCAGAGAUGGUCCAUGAUAAUGCUUCUUUCUCUGGAAAUGAGGUCCUUGCAACGUCAAAACAGAAGCUGAACCUCCACAACCAGUCGCUUCGGGCUCCAUUCACUAGAUCUAUUUCAGAUCCAGAACCCCACUGCAGUGUUAGAUCUGUUAGACCAUGGCUGACUUCGGUGGAAUCAGUGGAGUCUGAACAACAGGGAUAUUUCAUCCGUAGCAUUUUCUCUACUGUUUCCAAUGGCUUCUCCAGGAUGCUGAGUCUGAAAAGAGAAUCAACCAAUGAACCAGUAAGAGAAGAUGUGAAAGGACCACCCACCCAUCGUUUGUCUUGUGGUCAGUCACCCUACACAGAAACAACAACAUGGGAACGGAAAUACUGCAUCCUAACAGACAGCCAGUUGGUGUUGCUCAACAAGGAGAAGGAGAUACCUGGGGAAGGAGGACAGGAGCAACAGACAGAUUCCACCAAAGGGCGAUGCCUAAGGAGAACAGUCAGCGUUCCUUCCGAGGGUCAGUUUCCUGAUUACCCACCAGAGGGCAGCACUAAACUGGAGGUACCAGCAGAGAGGUCCCCCCGUAGACGGAGUAUCUCAGGGACCAGUACAUCAGAGAAACCCAGUUCCAUGGACACUGCAAAUACCUCACCCUUCAAAGUACCAGGAUUCUUCAGCAAGCGCCUGAAAGGCUCCAUCAAGAGGACCAAAAGCCAGUCAAAGCUUGACAGAAAUACGAGCUUUCGGCUUCCAUCCCUUCGCAAUACAGAUGAAAGGUCUCGUGGGCUGCCUAAGUUAAAAGAAUCACGUUCCCAUGAAUCCUUGCUCAGCCCAUGCAGUGCAGUCGAAUGUCUGGAUCUGGGUAGAGGGGAGCCUGUGUCAGUGAAACCACUCCAUAGUAGCAUCCUUGGACAAGACUUCUGCUUUGAGGUCACUUAUUUAAGCGGAAGUAAGUGCUUCAGCUGUAACUCAGCUUCAGAGAGAGAUAAGUGGAUGGAAAACCUUCGAAGGACAGUUCAACCAAAUAAGGACAAUUGCAGAAGAGCUGAAAAUGUUCUCCGUUUAUGGAUCAUUGAAGCCAAGGACCUUGCCCCUAAGAAGAAAUAUUUCUGUGAACUGUGCCUUGAUGAUACCCUCUUUGCUCGUACAACCAGCAAGACCAAAGCAGACAAUAUUUUCUGGGGGGAACAUUUUGAAUUCUAUAGCCUCCCACCACUUCAUAGCAUUACAGUUCACAUUUAUAAGGAUGUGGAAAAAAAGAAGAAAAAGGACAAAAAUAAUUAUGUAGGGCUAGUCAACAUCCCCACUGCCAGUGUCACUGGUCGCCAAUUUGUGGAAAAGUGGUAUCCAGUGAGUACACCUACACCCAACAAAGGGAAGACAGGAGGGCCUUCUAUUAGGAUUAAGUCACGUUUCCAAACUAUCACCAUUCUGCCUAUGGAGCAAUACAAAGAAUUUGCAGAAUUUGUCACCAGCAACUAUACCAUGUUAUGUUCUGUCCUUGAGCCAGUAAUUAGUGUGAGAAAUAAAGAGGAGUUGGCUUGUGCCUUAGUGCACAUUCUUCAAAGUACUGGCAGAGCCAAGGAUUUUCUGACCGACUUGGUGAUGUCUGAAGUGGAUCGAUGUGGAGAGCAUGAUGUCUUGAUCUUCAGAGAAAACACCAUUGCCACAAAAUCCAUUGAGGAAUACCUUAAGUUGGUGGGACAACAAUAUCUUCAUGAUGCACUAGGGGAGUUCAUCAAAGCUUUGUAUGAAUCAGAUGAGAACUGUGAAGUAGAUCCCAGCAAAUGUUCAUCUAGUGAACUGAUAGACCAUCAGAGCAACCUCAAAAUGUGCUGUGAGCUGGCUUUCUGCAAGAUCAUCAACUCUUACUGUGUUUUCCCUCGUGAGUUGAAAGAAGUGUUUGCAUCAUGGAAGCAGCAGUGCCUGAACCGAGGCAAACAAGACAUCAGUGAGCGGCUCAUUAGUGCCUCAUUGUUUCUCCGUUUUCUCUGCCCAGCCAUUAUGUCUCCCAGUCUUUUCAACCUUAUGCAGGAGUAUCCUGAUGACCGUACGUCUCGGACUCUAACUCUGAUUGCCAAGGUCAUUCAGAACCUAGCCAACUUUGCCAAGUUUGGUAACAAAGAGGAAUACAUGGCAUUCAUGAAUGAUUUUUUAGAACAUGAAUGGGGUGGAAUGAAGCGCUUUCUUUUGGAGAUCUCUAAUCCAGACACCAUCUCAAACACCCCAGGCUUUGAUGGUUACAUUGAUCUGGGCCGAGAGCUUUCAGUUUUGCAUUCCCUACUGUGGGAAGUAGUUUCCCAACUUGAUAAGGGUGACAAUUCCUUCCUACAGGCAACCGUGGCAAAACUGGGGCCUCUCCCCCGUGUUCUUGCUGAUAUUACCAAGUCUCUGACUAAUCCUACGCCAAUACAACAGCAACUGAGACGCUUCACUGAGCAUAACUCCAGUCCAAAUGUCAGUGGAAGCCUCUCUUCUGGGCUGCAGAAAAUAUUUGAAGACCCCACUGACAGUGACUUGCAUAAACUAAAAUCUCCAAGCCAGGACAACACAGACAGUUACUUUAGAGGGAAGACACUAUUACUGGUUCAGCAGGCCUCCUCCCAGAGCAUGACUUACUCUGAAAAGGAUGAAAAGGAAAAUAGCCUUCCUAAUGGUCGGAGCAUCUCCCUCAUGGAUCUCCAGGAUACUCAUGCUGCUCAGGUGGAGCAUCCAUCUGUCAUGCUUGAUGUGCCUAUGCGCCUGACAGGAAGCCAGCUUUCUAUAACCCAGGUGGCCAGCAUCAAACAACUGCGGGAAACCCAGAGCACUCCCCAGAGUGCACCUCAAGUAAGAAGGCCCCUGCAUCCAGCCUUGAACCAGCCCGGAAGUCUCCAGCCCUUGUCAUUCCAGAAUCCUGUCUAUCACCUCAAUAAUCCUAUCCCAGCAAUGCCAAAGGCCUCUGUGGAUUCCAGUUUGGAGAACCUAAGCACUGCCAGUUCUAGAAGCCAAAGCAACAGUGAAGACUUCAAACUCAGUGGACCCAGCAAUAGCAGCAUGGAAGACUUCACCAAACGUAGCACUCAGAGUGAAGAUUUCUCCCAGCGGCACAAUAUGCCAGACAGACACAUACCUCUUGCUCUGCCACGACAAAACAGCACUGGGCAAACCCAAAUCCGAAAAAUGGACCAGGCAGGGUUAGGUGCCAGAGCCAAAGCUCCCCCAUCCUUGCCCCAUAGUGCUUCCUUACGUAGCACUGGGAGCAUGUCAGUGACAUCUGCAGCCUUGGUGGCUGAACCUGUGCAGAAUGGAAGCCGGUCCCGGCAGCAGUCCUCUUCCUCCAGAGAAAGCCCAGUUCCCAAAGUGAGAGCAAUUCAGAGACAGCAGACACAGCAGGUUCAGUCACCUGUGGACUCUUCCACAAUGUCCCCAGUAGAGAGAACAGCAGCCUGGGUUCUAAACAAUGGGCAGUAUGAAGAGGAUGUGGAAGAAACUGAGCAAAAUCAAGAUGAGGCCAAGCAUGCUGAAAAGUAUGAACAAGAAAUUAGCAAACUAAAGGAGCGCCUGAGAGUGUCCAGCCGACGGCUGGAGGAGUACGAGCGACGGCUGUUGGUGCAGGAGCAGCAGAUGCAGAAGCUGCUGCUGGAAUACAAGGCCCGGCUGGAGGACAGCGAGGAGCGACUGCGCAGGCAACAGGAAGAGAAAGACAGCCAAAUGAAAAGCAUCAUCAGCAGGCUAAUGGCUGUGGAAGAAGAACUGAAGAAAGAUCAUGCUGAGAUGCAAGCAGUUAUUGAUGCAAAGCAGAAAAUAAUUGAUGCCCAGGUCAUAAAUGGAAAUGAGAUUAUUCAAACAGGAAAAACGGAUCGUGUCCCUGGAUUCUGCCAACACCAGACUGAUGAGUGCGCUGACCCAAGUGAAGGAGCGGUACAGCAUGCAGGUCCGCAAUGGCAUCUCCCCCACCAAUCCCACCAAGCUUUCCAUCACGGAGAAUGGUGAAUUCAAGAACAGCAGCUGCUGACAGACUGGGAAUACAGACUGUGAAAGGAGACAGAAGGAAGUUUACCCACUCUCCUGUUCCCAGCCCUUUACUCAGCCCCUCCAGGUUUACAGAAUGUUGCUAAUUCACAAUGGCAAUGUGGUGAGAAACUCAAAAGAAGAAAGGAACUUGUCUUUCAGGGCAUAAGCGAAGAUUUCCAAGGUUGAGCUUCCCCAGUCUAUAUGUACAUAGGGAACUUAGUUCUGGGCCAUGUACAGAAAAUACCACUGUAAUAUACCAAAAGGAAGUUAAUAAUGUAGAUUGGCUUUUUAAUUAUUACUAUUUUUGUUAUUGUUUUGCUCUUGUUGAAAGCACUGCAGUUGUUAUAGGAGGAAAAGUAGGAACUACAACUAUGUGUGAUUGAGAAAUGAGCCUAUGGGUUCAGUAGGUAGAGACCAAGUAUCUAAUAGAAGCACAUGGAGUGCAAUAGAACAUUGUCAGAGUGAACUUUUUCAGGGAUUCAUCUGCCAGUUUCAAAGCCCCAUUCUGGUCCCCUGGCUGUUUAGGAAACCAUGCAGAUACCAAGAUCCAUAUAAAACAAAAAUUUAUGCCAUUGGUCUGGUCACCCAAGACUGAUUCUGGUCAGACAACCAACCAUGACUUGGACUCUCACUGUUUCAGAGGACAGAGAUAAAGGCAGUUGCAUCAAAACUGGACUUGAGGAGUGAUGUCUAAUGAACUCCUGACAAUAUGUCUUAAUGUUCUCUGUCUACAGCAGAGGGAAUUUUCUGUUUUAGAUACGAGUUUUUUUUAAUUUUCACUCCUAUUGUAAUAAAGGGUGUUCUUUUUCCUCUUUAGAGUUUACAAAACUAUAAA